UGGUAACCGGGUUUUGGCGUGAGAAUCGAGACAGCCAGCUACUGCAGGCCGCUGCGUCCUUCGCAUCCUCGCCACCAUGAGCGGCACUUUGGCAAAGAUCGCGGAGAUCGAAGCCGAGAUGGCUCGGACUCAGAAGAACAAGGCCACAGCACAUCACCUAGGGCUGCUUAAGGCUCGCCUGGCCAAGCUUCGGAGAGAACUCAUUACUCCAAAAGGAGGUGGUGGCGGUGGGCCAGGAGAAGGUUUCGAUGUAGCCAAGACAGGUGAUGCUCGAAUUGGGUUUGUGGGUUUUCCAUCUGUGGGGAAGUCAACACUGCUAAGUAACCUGGCAGGCGUAUAUUCUGAGGUGGCAGCUUAUGAGUUCACUACUCUGACCACUGUGCCUGGUGUCAUCAGAUAUAAAGGUGCCAAGAUCCAGCUCCUGGACCUCCCAGGUAUUAUUGAAGGUGCCAAGGAUGGGAAAGGCAGAGGCCGGCAAGUCAUCGCAGUGGCCCGAACGUGUAAUUUGAUCUUGAUUGUCCUGGAUGUCCUGAAGCCCUUGGGACAUAAGAAGAUAAUUGAGAAUGAGCUGGAAGGCUUUGGGAUUCGCUUGAACAGCAAACCCCCAAACAUUGGCUUUAAGAAGAAAGACAAGGGGGGCAUCAAUCUCACAGCCACUUGCCCUCAGAGUGAGCUGGACGCUGAAACCGUGAAGAGCAUUCUGGCCGAAUACAAAAUUCACAAUGCUGACGUGACUUUGCGGAGUGACGCCACGGCUGAUGAUCUCAUCGACGUGGUGGAGGGAAACAGAGUUUACAUCCCCUGUAUCUACGUGUUGAAUAAGAUCGAUCAGAUUUCCAUCGAGGAGCUGGACAUCAUCUAUAAGGUGCCUCACUGUGUGCCCAUCUCGGCCCAUCACCGCUGGAAUUUUGAUGACCUGCUGGAGAAGAUCUGGGACUAUCUGAAACUCGUGAGAAUUUACACAAAACCCAAAGGCCAGUUACCAGAUUACACAUCGCCAGUGGUGCUUCCUUACUCUAGGACCACAGUGGAGGACUUCUGCAUGAAGAUUCACAAGAAUCUCAUCAAAGAAUUUAAAUACGCUCUGGUCUGGGGUCUCUCCGUGAAACACAAUCCUCAGAAAGUCGGUAAAGACCACACGCUGGAGGAUGAGGACGUCAUCCAGAUUGUGAAGAAGUGAAGCCUCCUCUUCCCGAUCUGCCGGGCCGGCCGCAGCAGCUUUUCCUGGACCAAACCCCACUCGGCCCUUUCUGUCUGUGGCAGCCAUUGGAUCAGGGUACAGGGUGGGAGGUGGAGGUACCCAAACGGGGACACCCCUGUCUUCCCUUGGUGUCACUUUCCAUGUUGAACUGCAUAAAAGACCUGGUAGGC